GCUGAAGAGGAAGGCAAAAUGAGAGAAAAUUAAGAAAAAAGAAGUGUGCAUAGUAUGGGGAGCCCAAGAUGAGGGGAAGACUGGAGGGUAUGUGCGUAUAUGGGGGGCUCUGAAACAGGAGGUCUAUGGUGCCAUUUCACCCAAGUCCAGACCUGUAUAUAAAGUUGCUGCAAUGUAUCAUUGUUGCAACUAAAUGCCAGUAACUGUAAAUAUCCAUUUGUGAGAUGGUCCAACAUAGUGUGGUACACUGGCCUGUUGCAAUAUAAGAGUAUUGUAGCUACAGUGCCCCAGAACAUGGGUGACUGUCUCAGAAACAAAUCUUUCUCAUCCUGGGAAGAUUUUUGUACUUACUUCGAAAGCUGGUGUGAGAAGAACAAAGCCUUGUUUUAUGUACAGUAUGGCCGUUCCAUCUACAAAUGUAGGACAUUUGAUACCCAGUAUAGUCAUGAAGUUGCAGAGACAUUCAAGUAUAGCAGGGUUCGCUUGGUCUGUAAAGAAUACAGAGCUGAUGGAAGCUUUGUGCAACUUCCCUGGGGGGGAUACAAACCUCAUUGUUCUGCUACCAUUACUUUGAAGCUGAGUCCAUUGAAGGACAGACUAAUUGUUUCUGAAUGUCUUCUUGAGCAUAACCACAUACUGUGUCCCAUCGAAUUUUCAUACUAUUUUAAGAAGGGUCAUCUCUUUGCCAACUCCUGCCUACCAGUCCGUACUGCAAACACAGUGUCGAAACAGUUUAUAACCAUUCAGGAAGUGAAAAGGCUAUUGAGGUACUGCAAAACUCCAGAUUAUGGUGUACAGGAUGUCUUGAAGGAAAUGGAAGAAAUGUUUAGCUUUGAUCCAGGAGCAAAGGUCAAACUAGUAUUUGUGGAGCACCAUGUUAUAAUGAAAUGUGUCUUUUUCAUUACUUCACACAUGAAGAGCUUGAUUGAAAGAUUCCCAGAGACUCUGUACUGUGAUAAGCAACCCCUUGGUGAUGACUUUGACUUGCAUACUAUCCUUUGUGAAGAUUCUAAUGGCAGAGGUAGAGUGUGCGUAUACUGUUUGGCAAAGACAGGGACACCUGAUCUACUCCGUUUUAUUCUUGUUUCUCUUAUCCAGAGUAUACCAGAUAUCAAGUUUAAAGUAUACUGUGUGUUUGUUGGACCUGAGACAGAUGAAAUUGAUGUAAUUAGGGAUGUACUGCCAGUAGCUAAAGUUCACAUUUAUAGAACUCAACUUCUAGAGAUGUUGUACAAGAAAGCUGCAGAUAUGGAAGGAUGUUUGAAAGAUGAUACAUGGGAAUUACUGUGCAGACUUGCUAAUUCUUGUUCAGUAGCGUCUUAUGUUAAAUGUUUAAGUGACUUGAGUAUAGUUUUUAAAAACGAAUUUGUUCAGUACCUUAAAAAGGUAUGGCACCCUAGAAAGGAGAUGUGGGUAGAGUGUUGGGCCUUUGAACAAAACAAAGGCAAUGCCUUCAUCAGGUUUGUAAGAUCUCAUCAGCAGAAGGUUAUUGCACAGCUUAGCUCUUCGCUUGCACUUGCUGACUACAUUCAUGGUCUUCGCAGUCUCCAGACACUGAACAUUGAGGUGGCCGAAUUGAAUGAGGAAGAACUUUGUGCACUUUACCAAGAUGUCUGCUCUUCUGAUCAUGCUAGCAUUAUUAGAGAGGAAAUUAGUCUUACAAAGAAUGGACACUACAGCCUACAAGAAGCAUCAGUGUUCCUGCUCAGUGAUGGAGUCACAGAGUUCACCAUUAACAAAACACAAACUUUGUGCAGUUGUAAAAUUUUUACUUCAACACUUCUUCCUUGUCGCCACUUAUUUGUUGUUCGCCUGUGGAGUGGUGAGCCGCUCUUUGACAGACAACUUCUAUUGGUCCAGCAAUUUAAUAGCAAUUCUUCUGACUGAUUAUGUCCUAGAAUUUUUGUUAUUGCUUACAUCUUUACACAGUUGCUGUAUUUUUGAGUCAUCUGGAUUAUCAAGGGGUCAUCAUGUAAGAUGGCAAUUAUUAACUUAAUUAAAAAAAAAUCCCCAGAAUGAAA